AUGUCUGCAAAGACCUUUGGCCCUUUUGUCUCCCUUCCAUAAAAGAAACUGAAAAACCUAAGCUGCUCCCGCGCGCUCCUGUAUUUUGUUUCAUAAAUCCUUUCCCACUACACUUCAACUCCUGUCAGUUCUCCCCUUUGUACUGUCCUGCUCAUCUGUCCCUUUCCAUUUAUACGGCCUGAAGGCACUCACCGUUUUGUGCCUAGACCACAGAAACCUCUAAAUACGAUGGAUGUUCCCACCAAUGAUUAUAUUGCUUUAUCAGCACACCCUAACUGUAAUCAUCCGAUGGUGUAAGGACUCACCUUUUGGUACUUAGCAGGGAGGUAUUAAAGUGUUUAGAGUGUCUGAGGCACUAAUGUCUGUUUCCUGUUCAAUACAGAGGACAGGUCAUACAAUGGUGGAGGAAUAGGUUCUUCAAAUAGGAUGAUGGACUUCUUGGAGGAGCCAAUCCCUGGUGUGGGGACCUAUGAUGAUUUCAACACAAUUGACUGGGUGAGGGAGAAGUCACGGGACCGGGAUAGGCACCGAGAGAUUACCAAUAAAAGCAAAGAGUCGACAUGGGCCUUAAUUCACAGUGUGAGCGAUGCGUUUUCUGGCUGGUUGUUAAUGCUACUUAUUGGGCUCUUAUCAGGUUCCUUAGCUGGCUUGAUAGACAUUUCUGCUCAUUGGAUGACAGACUUAAAAGAAGGCAUAUGCACGGAGGGAUUCUGGUUUAACCAUGAGCACUGUUGCUGGAACUCCGACCACGUCACCUUCGAAGACAGAGACAAAUGCCCAGAGUGGAACAGCUGGUCCCAGCUUAUCAUCAGCACCGAUGAGGGAGCCUUUGCCUACAUAGUCAAUUAUUUCAUGUACGUCCUCUGGGCUCUCCUAUUUGCCUUCCUUGCCGUGUCUCUUGUCAAAGUGUUUGCGCCUUACGCCUGUGGCUCUGGAAUUCCUGAGAUAAAAACUAUCUUGAGCGGUUUUAUUAUUAGGGGCUAUUUGGGUAAGUGGACCCUGAUUAUCAAAACCAUCACGCUGGUGUUGGCCGUGUCAUCUGGCUUGAGCCUGGGCAAAGAGGGCCCCCUGGUGCACGUGGCUUGCUGCUGUGGGAACAUCCUGUGCCAUUGUUUCAACAAAUACAGGAAGAAUGAAGCCAAGCGCAGAGAGGUCUUGUCGGCUGCAGCAGCAGCUGGUGUAUCUGUAGCCUUUGGGGCACCAAUCGGCGGGGUGUUAUUCAGCCUAGAAGAGGUCAGCUACUAUUUCCCCCUCAAAACGCUGUGGCGCUCGUUCUUUGCUGCCUUGGUGGCAGCUUUUACUCUACGUUCCAUCAAUCCCUUUGGCAACAGCCGCCUGGUUCUAUUUUAUGUGGAGUUUCACACCCCCUGGCAUCUCUUUGAGCUCGUGCCCUUCAUUCUGCUGGGCAUAUUUGGUGGUCUGUGGGGAGCUUUGUUUAUCCGCACCAACAUUGCCUGGUGUCGGAAGCGUAAGACCACUCAGCUGGGCAGGUACCCUGUCGUGGAGGUACUCGUUGUGACAGCCAUCACUGCCAUCCUGGCUUUCCCCAAUGAAUACACACGCAUGAGCACAAGUGAGCUCAUUUCUGAGCUGUUCAAUGACUGUGGCCUGCUGGACUCCUCCAAGCUCUGUGAUUAUGAGAACCGUUUCAACACAAGCAAGGGGGGAGAGCUGCCCGACAGACCGGCUGGUGUGGGAGUCUACAGUGCCAUGUGGCAGCUGGCCUUGACACUCAUACUGAAAAUUGUCAUCACCAUAUUCACCUUUGGCAUGAAGAUCCCUUCUGGCCUGUUUAUCCCCAGCAUGGCUGUUGGUGCUAUAGCAGGUCGACUUUUGGGAGUGGGGAUGGAACAGCUGGCUUAUUACCACCAUGACUGGGCCAUCUUCAACAGCUGGUGUAGCCAGGGAGCGGAUUGCAUCACCCCCGGCCUGUAUGCGAUGGUUGGGGCUGCAGCCUGCUUGGGUGGGGUGACCCGGAUGACUGUUUCCCUUGUUGUCAUAAUGUUUGAACUAACUGGGGGCUUGGAGUACAUUGUGCCUCUGAUGGCUGCAGCCAUGACAAGCAAGUGGGUGGCAGACGCUCUUGGGCGAGAGGGCAUCUACGAUGCCCACAUUCGUCUCAACGGUUACCCCUUUCUUGAAGCCAAAGAAGAGUUUGCCCAUAAGACCCUGGCAAUGGAUGUGAUGAAACCCCGAAGAAAUGAUCCUUUAUUGACUGUCCUUACUCAGGACAGUAUGACCGUGGAAGAUGUAGAGACCAUCAUCAGUGAAACCACUUACAGUGGCUUCCCAGUGGUGGUGUCCCGGGAGUCCCAAAGACUUGUGGGUUUUGUCCUCCGGAGAGAUCUCAUUAUUUCCAUUGAAAAUGCUCGAAAAAAACAGGAUGGAGUUGUGAGCACGUCCAUCAUUUAUUUCACCGAACAUUCUCCUCCCAUGCCGCCCUACACCCCGCCCACCCUAAAGCUCCGGAACAUCCUGGAUCUCAGCCCCUUCACUGUGACUGACCUCACGCCCAUGGAGAUUGUUGUGGACAUCUUCCGCAAGCUGGGACUGCGGCAGUGCCUGGUGACGCACAACGGGCGGUUGCUCGGAAUCAUUACCAAAAAGGACGUGUUAAAGCAUAUAGCACAGAUGGCAAACCAAGAUCCCGACUCCAUUCUCUUCAACUAGAAUCACAGGGUUGUGCUGGAUAUAAAACAGGAAGGACAUUGCAGACCAUGGAUGUAUUUUGUUAACUGGGUACCCAAAACACAUUUCCCAUAUUUGGAGGGUGAAGUUAUAUUAGUGUGUUGUCUCUUUCCUAUAAGUUAACCAGUUGCACUACAUAAUCUCUGGAAUUUAAUCUUCUCUUUAGGAGAAAAUACAGUUAGGCUUCUGUGACACUGCAUUAGGAAGAUUUCGUGAAAGAGUCAAUGAGAUUGCUCUGGUUUGAUUCUUCUUAAAUUUUUUUUUUUUAAUUUAAAACAUAAUUGUUAGCCAAUAUGCAAUCACUGAAAACUAUGCAAGAAAAAUUCCAACCGUCCUGACCUAUAGCCUGCAGGAAACUCAUGAAAAAGUCACUUUUUUGGACUCUUAACUGUCAUUGGUGGAAGAUGAAGUGUAAACUAAGGGGCUUUGCUUUUCCAACCACAGAAAGGAAGGCCAGAAGGAAAAUAGUAAUGGUGUUUUCCAGACUGUGAAAAUUCAGUUCAAAUGUUAUCUUGUUCCUGUUACAAUAUUUAGCAUUAUUAGUUUGUGUGUGUGUACGUGUAUGUUAAUUUUAAUAUCUGAUUAUAAGACAAUGCUGCUUUGGUUAACCUUCUCUAAACGAAUUUA